CCGUAACUGCACGCAAUACAAUCAUUGUUACAUAAACAGAGAGAUAUAUAGAGAGAGAGGCUUGAAAAAAUGGCGCUGCUUACUGAUCUCAUCAACCUUAAUCUCUCCGACAGCACAAAGAAGGUGAUUGCUGAGUAUAUAUGGAUAGGUGGAUCUGGUAUGGAUCUAAGAAGCAAAGCAAGGACUCUUUCGGGACCUGUGAACGAUCCCUCAAAGCUUCCGAAGUGGAAUUAUGAUGGAUCAAGCACAGGCCAGGCUCCCGGAGAAGACAGUGAAGUUAUCCUAUAUCCUCAAGCGAUUUUCAAAGAUCCAUUCAGGAGAGGAAAUAAUAUAUUGGUCAUGUGUGAUGCUUAUACUCCGGGUGGUGAGCCUAUUCCGACAAACAAGCGGUACAAUGCAGCCAAGAUUUUUAGCCAUCCUGAUGUUGCUGCUGAAGAAACAUGGUACGGUAUUGAGCAAGAGUACACCCUUUUGCAAAAGGAUGUUAAGUGGCCCAUUGGAUGGCCCAAGGGAGGUUAUCCCGGCCCUCAGGGUCCAUACUACUGUGGUAUUGGAGCUGACAAAGCCUUCGGACGUGACGUUGUGGAUGCACAUUACAAGGCUUGCCUUUAUGCAGGAAUCAACAUAAGCGGCAUCAAUGGAGAAGUGAUGCCUGGCCAGUGGGAGUUCCAAGUUGGACCUUCUGUUGGCAUCUCGGCUGGUGAUGAGUUGUGGGUUGCUCGUUACAUCCUCGAGAGGAUCACUGAGAUUGCUGGGGUGGUGGUAUCAUUUGAUCCCAAGCCAAUUGAGGGUGACUGGAACGGAGCUGGCGCCCACACAAACUACAGCACCAAGUCUAUGAGGAAAGAAGGCGGAUAUGAAAUCAUUAAGAAAGCUAUUGAAAAGCUUGGACAUAGGCACAAAGAACAUAUUGCUGCAUAUGGUGAAGGCAAUGAGCGCCGUCUCACUGGAAAACAUGAAACUGCCAAUAUCAACACCUUCAAAUGGGGGGUUGCGAACCGUGGUGCAUCCAUCCGUGUUGGUCGGGACACCGAGAAAGAAGGCAAGGGAUACUUCGAGGACAGGAGGCCCGCUUCUAAUAUGGACCCGUACAUUGUAACCUCAAUGAUUGCAGAAACGACUAUCCUCGGGAAGCAGUGAGGAGCUCAUUUUACAAAACCCGGUGGACGACAUUGUUGUUUACGAGUCGGACAUUAUAAGGGGGAAUUUUAUUACAAAAUAACCCUUUCAUCUGUUUUCUAUAGGGUAGUUUGUCUCGCUAUUAUUUGCUGGUCUCUAUUGCUAUUUGACUCUGUAUUGCAGUCUGCAAGAUUUGAGUUCAUUGCUAUUUGUAUUUUUCACCUUUAUGAUAACACAUUAAUAACAAUUUGAAGGGUUGUUUUUCAGUGUUGGAAU